AUGGUGUGGCUGGGUCUGCGCUUCAUUGGAGGGUCCUGGUUCUGGUCUGAUGGGGCAGAUCUCACCCUGCCAGAUCUUCCGUCUUGUCCUGAGCCCAACCGUCACUGUGGAGCGCUGCAGCUGAACAGAAACAGCAACUCUGAGCCAGUUAUUGUUUUAAGUGACUGCAGCGAGAUGCUCAACACGUUCUGCUAUACACUCUGA